GGAGAGAGGAGCAAUCAUCCCGAAGCUGAAAACCGUUUUUCGCAUGCGUUGAUUCUCGGGUUUUUUCAGAUCCGUUUCUCUCCGUUCGGCGAAAGCUAGGAUGCUUUUGACUCGGAUCGAGCGACUUUGAUUUUUGCGCUUUCCCUCUCCAAAAUCGAGAAGAUAUGCAGCGAUUUCCCGGAGGGAAACGACGGUAGAGAUCGUUUUCCGCAUGAUACGGAGAGAAAUCGACGGUGAGAUUCGGGUUUGGGGGUUUCAGCGAUGACGCUGGUGAGUUCGUCGCUGGUACUUCCGCAGAAGGUGCAGAAGCAGCAGCAGCAGAUGCAGAUGCAGCGUCCGUCGCGUAGUUUUGGAGCGGAGAGCGGUGGAGAAAUCGAGGAGGAGGAGGCGGUGGCGGUGGAGGACCCGGUUCCGUCCGUCGAGACGGACGAGAAGAUUUACGUGGCGGUGGGGAAGGAGGUAAGGGAGAGCAAGUCGACGGUGGAAUGGGCUGCGAGGAACGCUGGAGGGAAGAACAUCGUCCUCCUCCACGUACAUCAGCCGGCGCAGAUGAUCCCCAUGCUGGGGGCAAAAUUUCCUGCGAGCAAAAUGAAACCGUCGGAGGUAAGGGCAUACAGAGAAGACGAAAAGAAAAAGAUGGAUGACGUGUUGAAUGUGUAUAAGCUUAUUUGUGCAAGAGAAAGGGUGCAGGCUGAAACCCUUGUGAUUGACAUGGAUGAUAUAGAUAAAGGAAUUGUUCAGCUGGUGGCCGAUAAUGGUAUACGCAAGCUUGUCAUGGGAGCGGCCGCAGACAAGCACUACUCAAGUUGCAGGAAAUCGAAGCAGGCCAAGUCCAAGAAAGCUAUCACGGUGGCCCGUGAUGCCCAUCUUUCUUGCCAGAUAUCCUUUGUAUGCAAAGGAAGCCUCAUUUGCACCAGGGAAGCUAGUUUAGAGGGAAAUGGUUUCUGGGCGGUCCCACCAUCGCCUGUGGCCAGCCCAAGCAAUGGUGUGGGCCAACCUAGCUCAUCAAACGCUAAUGUGGCCCAGCCCAGUCCAUUAAGGAUGAGAUCGUCGUCCGACAGGCCAAGCCGCCUAACAAACCCAGUACAAGACUUUUUCUUCCGGUCCAAAUCCGAAAACUACACAUCUCAGACCCGCGGUCGGCCUGCAGCGGUAUCACCGUCGAUGGAGGAUACUGAUAAGAUGCCAAUGCAAGAAAGCCCAGUGAGUUUGGAGGGGAGCAAUAACCAUUGGGGUGGGAUCUCACCAAGCCCAGUGGGCUUAGCAUGGUCCACCAGCGAUGAAGGUACCAGCUCAAUCCAUUCGGUUUCGUUAGAGAGGGACGAUCCAAACACUACUUCCCAUUCGGGUUCAAUCGAAAGGGAUGAUCAGAGUGAAGGAGGUUCGUGGGUAUUGCAUCCGGUGAACGAGUCGGAAGAGGAUAGCCCGUUCGCAUCUCCUCCUAAUCAGCUCGAAGAGGAAGUAUUAGAUGAUGAUGUGUAUGUAAGGCUACAGCAAGCCAUUGAAGAAGCUGAUUGUUACGGACGAGAGGCGUAUGAGGAGUCAAACAGGCGGCGGAAAGCCGAGAGGGAUGCCGUCGAGGCGGCUCGCAAGGCGAAAGCAUCGGAAAACUCAUACGCAAAAGAAAUGAAACUCCGGAAGGAGAUAGAAGAUCUGCUCCAACAAGAGACUCAACAACUCGAAUCUAUCAAGAUCCAACGGCAGGAAGUGUUUGAAGAGCUCCAACGGGCCCGUGAUCAGCAAUCAACGUUGGAGGCCAAGAUCGCCAACUCGAACCGCAUUUUAAGCGAGUUCAAGGAGAAAUUCAGAGCGGCCGAGGAGCAACUGUCGACGGUCCAAAAGGAGCGGGACGAGCUGGAGAGGGAGCGAGACGAAGCUGUCCAUCAGACUGAGGAGCUGCGGCGGAGGAGUGAGGAGGCUGCAGCGAGUAGCUCGCAGGACCCGACCAACUACUCCGAGUUCGAGUUCACGGAGCUCGAGGAGGCGACGAAUGGCUUUGACCCGGCGAUGAAGAUCGGAGAGGGGGGGUAUGGGUGCGUUUACAAGGGCAUGCUCCGCCACACGGCCGUGGCGGUGAAGUUGUUGCGCCCUGAGAGCUCGCAAGGCCAAUGUGAAUUCCAGCAAGAGGUAAUUGUUCUGAGUAAGGUGAGACACCCGAAUCUGGUAACUCUGAUUGGUACAUGCCCAGGAGCUGGGGCCCUCAUCUAUGAAUUCCUCGCCAAUGGGAGCCUAGAAGAUAGGCUCUCAUGCAAGGAUAACACCGCCCCUCUAUCAUGGCAGACCCGAACCCGAAUUGCCGCCGACAUAUGUUCAGCCCUUAUCUUCCUACACUCAAAUAGACCCGACGGCAUUGUCCACGGCGAUCUAAAACCCGGCAACGUACUCAUCGAUUCGAACUACGUCGCCAAGCUCGGCGAUUUUGGCAUCUGUCGUUUAAUCCCACAAAAGGAUACGGAUACCACAUUGUGUUUGAUGACAGACCCGAAAGGUACACCUCUAUACAUGGACCCGGAAUUUCGGGCCACUGGAGUGCUGACCCCACGAUCCGACGUCUAUUCUUUCGGGAUCAUAAUCCUACGGCUGUUAACGGGUAAGCCAGUGUUGGGAAUUGCGAAGGAGGUUGAGGAUGCGCUCAAGAACGGCUGUCUGCAACGGGUUCUUGAUGAGACGGCCGGCGACUGGCCGUUCGUUCAGGCCAAGCAGCUCGCGCAUAUUGGGGUGAGGUGUUGUCAGUUGAGCAGGAAGAACCGGCCGGAUCUCGUGUCGGAGGUGUGGAGAGUGCUGGAGCCGAUGACGGCGUCGGCGGGGUAUGCGUCAUGUUUCCGGCUGAUGGCGGAGGAUUCCGGCCGGGCUCCGUCUUACUUCAUCUGUCCAAUCUUUCUGGAAAUCAUGCGGGACCCGCACAUCGCGGCCGACGGCUUCACAUACGAAGCGGAGGCUAUACGAGGAUGGCUCGACGACGGUAACAACACCUCACCUAUGACCAAUGUCAGGCUCCCCCACACCGAGCUUAUUCCAAACAGGGCUCUUAAAUCUGCAAUACAAGAAUGGCUGCACCAGCCAUAAUUUUCUUCCUCCUUUUUUUUUGGUAGUUUUUGUUUCUUGUAUUGUUUGUGUGUAGCAAUAUAAAGAUAUUUGCUAAGCCCACACACGUGUGGAGCCCUGCCAUGCAUGCACCAAUGUGGCUUAAGUGUGUGAUAUCCUAGCCUUCCAUCAAGUGGAUUGUCAUUUUUAAAUGUUGUGGUCUAAAAAUGGAUUAGCUAGAAUUUUUUUUGUUUCAGGCCACGUCCAUUAAUUUGUUUUGUACCGGUAUGACUACCUGAUGGAGAGUUUAGAUCUCAAACACAAGUGUCACAUUAGCACGUGUGAUUGCAUGUCCAUGGCUAGAGUUCUACACGCGUGGGGGGCUUAAUCUCCAGCAUUGGUCAUGCAUUUUUAUCAUUUCAUUGUAUUGUACAUAUACAUGUGAAGAGAACCUAUAAAAUCUUUGUAUAUUAAGAAAAAUGAUAGAAAUAUGAUAACUAGUGUAUUUUUGUAUUAGUGGGGGACUUUCUUUUCUAUUAUGGGGAAUUUCACUAAUGGUAUUUGCAAUAGAAGGCUAUACCAGCUGAUCAUCA